UUGGUUGCUUGGGAAAACGUUGGAGACACAGCUUGCAAUCAAAUGGGUUAUGUAGAAAUGACCUUCUGCUGAUUAAGGAAAAUUAUAUGAGGAAAGUAAAUUUAAACUAUUGUAAAUCCCCUUUCUCUUACAGUUUAACUAUUACCACCUGAGUAAACGUACUGAGUGUUAAAAGAUUAAAGUAACUAAUAACGUAUCUCUUUUUAUUACUUUAUGCAAUAAAAUAGAAAGUAUCUGAGAUGGUUCGUAGACUAAAUAAAUUUAUUAACGAAGUGGAGAAUUUUAGUGGUCCAGAGGAAGUGAAAGAACUGAGACAAAGAGUGCUUAAAGAAAUAGAUGAAAACGACUGGUCAGGUGUGUAUGAUCCACGAGACGUCCAGCGUCUGAAAGAUGAUGAUUAUUUCUGCAAGAGAGUCUUGAGGCACCGAUCUGGUAAUAUGGACGCCGCUGUGGAAAUAGUUAAAACUGUAUUCAAAUGGCGAAAAGAAUUUGGUAUUCAUGACCUAACAGAAGAGGAUAUAAAUCCUGACAUCGUCAGUAAAGGGGCUGUUUUUACGUACAAUGAAGACAAGGAAAGGAACCCGAUAUUGAUUUUGAGAGUAAAUUGCCACAGAAAAGAUCCAGCCACCGUGGUUGAAAGGAAAAAAAUAAUAUCCUACUGGAUUGAAAAACUCGAAAGAGAAAAUAAAGAAGGGUCAGUGUCUGUUCUCUUGGAUUGUUCAGACACCGGAUUAACUAACAUGGGGGUAAUUUAUUCUGAUCGUAAUUACUAA